AUGGCUCAGAAGGAGAACGCCUACCCCUGGCCCUAUGGCCGGCAGCCGGCUCAAUCUGGCCUAAACUCUGGGACCCAGAGAGUCUUCCGGAAGGCAGCUGUCACCCCGUCUGCCCUUGUCCUCAUGAGCCGUUCCAAGACCGUCUUAGAGCCUUCCAAUGCCCAGCCUACAGCUGCCCCAGGCCAGAAGAAAAUGACUGAGAACAGAAAUGGAACACCCAGAUUAAUGCGGUCCUUCACAAUCAACGACUUUGAGAUAGGACGUCCUCUGGGCAAAGGCAAGUUUGGAAAUGUGUACUUGGCUCGAGAGAAGAAAAGCCAGUUUAUCGUGGCACUCAAGGUCCUCUUCAAGUCUCAGAUUGAGAAGGAGGGCGUGGAGCACCAGCUGCGGCGGGAGAUCGAAAUCCAGGCCCAUCUUCAGCAUCCCAACAUCCUACGGCUCUACAACUAUUUCUACGACCAGCGGAGGGUCUAUUUGAUUCUGGAGUAUGCGCCCCGAGGGGAGCUCUACAAGGAACUGCAGAAGUGCCGCACUUUUGAUGAGCAGCGGACAGCCACGAUCAUGGAGGAGCUGGCUGAUGCUUUGAUGUACUGCCACUCGAAGAAGGUGAUCCAUAGAGACAUAAAGCCAGAGAACCUGCUCCUGGGCCUCCGAGGAGAGCUAAAGAUCGCUGACUUUGGCUGGUCUGUGCACGCCCCCUCCCUGAGGAGGAAGACCAUGUGUGGCACCCUGGACUACCUGCCCCCAGAGAUGAUUGAGGGGCGCACACACAAUGAGAAGGUGGAUCUUUGGUGUAUUGGAGUACUUUGCUACGAGCUGCUGGUGGGCAACCCGCCCUUUGAGAGUGCUUCACACAAUGAGACGUACAGGCGCAUCGUCAAGGUGGAUCUGAAAUUCCCCACCUCUGUGCCCAUAGGAGCUCAGGACCUCAUCUCCAAGUUGCUCAAGCAUAACCCGGCAGAACGGCUGCCCCUGGCCCAGGUCUCAAUCCACCCUUGGGUCCGAGCCCACUCUCGAAGGGUGCUACCUCCAUCUGCCAUUCAGUCUACCUCCUGA